AUGGCUUCUGCUGUUACUGUUAGUGCCACAUCUGUUUCAUCACCACCUGUAUAUGAUGUAGUCAAAGUACGAAUUCAGCAUCUACUGUCAACACACUCACACUCACCUCCAUCAUCCACGAAUAAUAAUAACACAAACGGUUUAACAUUAACUGAACUUUGCCGCGAAUAUGAACAUCGUUAUGAUAAUGAGCACUUACCAUAUCAAGAAUUAGGUUAUGAAACUUUAACACGUUUUCUGUCAUCGAUGAAAGAUGUUGUACGUAUGGAUUUUACUGAAUAG